AUGUACUCUGAGAUCUCGCGGGACAAGCUGAGCCCGGGCCUCUUUGGCGAAAUUCGUUAUGAGCCUCACAAGAAGCUGAAACGAUUCUUGUCCCCGGCCUUUACAGUCAACUACAUUGACAACCUGGAGUCUUACUUCCAGCACACCGUCCGUGCUCUGUUGUCGAAAUAUCAAAAUGAAAUCGACCACAACCUCCAACUGGCUAAGCACACCGGCUUCCAGGUGGACUUGAUGGACGACCUCCAUAAUGUGGCCCUUGACAUAAUGGGAGAAUGCUCCUUCGGCAAAGGCUUCGGACAGACAAACCCAGGCCUGACCGAGAUAGAAAAUGGCGUGGACGAGCACGUGUGGAAGUCCAUCCCCCGCUCCAUCUUCGACGGGCUCGCCAAGCGGUACCGCACCGUCUACGUCAAGAAGUUCUUCCGCCAGCUGGGGUGGGACAUCAAGUUCGACUGGCCGGCCGAGAUGAUCACGGCCAUCGACGCCGUGGUGCGCCGCCGCAGCAGCAGCAGCAGCGGCGCCGCUCCCGGCGCCGACGUCGAGCGGCAGGACCUGCUGCAGCACAUGAUCGACGAGGGCCGCAAGCCCGACACGGGCACGGCCAUGAGCAGCCGCGACAUCAUCGACCAGAUGGCCGAGGUGCUGCUCGCCGGCUCCGAGACCACCAGCGGCACCAUCGCGUGCCUGUUCCUCGAGCUGGCGCGGAACCCGCGCGUCAGGGCCAAGCUGCUGGCGAGCCUGCCCGCCCGCGGCGUCCUGGACGACGAUAUCAUCACGUCCAAGACGGUGCGGUCGGACCCGCGGUAUGAGUACCUCGAGGCCUGCAUCAAGGAGAACCUGCGGAUGCACCCCAUCGCCUCGGAGAUGGGCCGCCGGACCGGCGGCGAGUGGGUUGAGAUCAUGGGCUACAGGCUCCCGCCUCACACCGUGGUCAGUGCUAGCUACCGCGCUCUGCACCUUAAUGAGGAUCACUGGCCUCAGGCGCAGCGGUUCUGGCCUGAGCGGUGGCUGACAGAGGAUAAGAGGGAGGGCGCCCCCGGCCCUGACAUGGACGCAUACUAUCCCUUCUCCGGUGGAAAGCACUCUUGCAUAGGCAUUAACUUUGCCUGGGCUGAGAUGAGAAUGGUGGCCGCCAACAUCUUCAGCCGUUUCGAUGUCAUCGAGGUGCCUGGCCAGGACGUCGACUUCAGGCAGUACAUCACUAUGCAAUUUGCCAGUGGUCACUGGCAAGUCAGACUCAAACCAAGGCAGCUGAAGUUCUGA